UUUUUGCAGGGGUCCCUGGAGGAUCAAAUCAUCCAGGCUAACCCAUUGCUGGAAGCCUUUGGGAACGCCAAGACAGUGAGAAACGACAACUCCUCUCGCUUCGGUAAAUUCAUCAGAAUUCACUUCGGGGCCACUGGGAAACUGGCUUCUGCUGAUAUUGAAACCUAUCUGCUGGAAAAAUCCAGAGUAACUUUCCAGCUAAAAGCUGAAAGGAGUUACCACAUUUUCUACCAGAUGAUGACAAACCACAAGCCAGAAAUUGUUGAGGCUUGCCUCAUUACCACCAAUCCCUAUGAUUAUCCAUUUGUCAGCCAGGGUGAGAUUAGUGUCAACAGUAUUGAUGAUAAUGAAGAACUAGUGGCAACUGAUGUGAGUUCAUGUCCUCCCUUCCACUGUCGGGAAACUCAAUACAGAGAAUUUGACGUGAAAGUCCGAGCUGGUAACUGGUAA